AUGAAUUUUGAAUUGGCCGAUUUGCUGGAAGAUGAUGUGGAGGUCCUUGAAUUGAUUGAAGUUGGUGUUCCCCGUCAGGUUUACGAUAGGAAUGAGUACUUUUUUAGUUUCGAUGAAAAGAUGGCUAUCCAUGUAUUAGAACAAAUCGAGAAGGACCUAGAACGACCUUAUAACCGAAAUAAUUCAAUUCCACCCAUAAACCAGCUAUUGGUAGCUCUACGAUUCUUUGCUACAGGCAAUCAUCUUUUAAGUAUUGCUGAUUUUGGAGGGAUGCAUGUUUCAACUGUUUCAAGAAUAGUUUCAAGAGUUCCCACAGGAAUUGCAAAGCUGUAUAGGAAAUAUAUUAAAAUUCCAUCUACAUCAUCAGAAGUUUCACAGGUUAAAAGGGAUUUUUUUGAUAUAGCAUCUUUUCCUUCUGUUAUUGGUGCUGUUGACGGAACACAUGUUAAAAUUCAGUCUCCAGGUAUGAUAAAAUAUGGUUUCAUUUCACACGAAAUUCAAAAUUUGUCUCAGGGGGGUCCGAUGCAGAAAUAUUUAGGAAUAGAAAAAGCAAUUUUUCAAUAA